CUCUGGCUCCAUUGGGCAGGGGGAGUCCUUAUGCUGAAUGUUCUCGAUUUUAUUUCUUGGGCUGGCUUUUCAUCAGCCCGUUUUCAGUAGCUCUCCACUGGCUGCGCUAAUUACAGGGCUCCUGGCAGCACUUUGAGUCAGCUCAUUCUGGCUCUUGAGAAAAAGCAGUGCGCCUGAUUCUCACGACUAGAUAAACCUCACGCAUAUAGUUCCGCACUGACAGAACCAGUCAGCCAACUUCAUUGGGACAUUCCGCAUCGAAAGAGACAUAACGUCACCCGGGACAAAACACUAUGAGCAGCACCAUCUGAUUAGAGGUUGCUCAAGAGCGCAUCCCUAUUAUGGAUGUUUUUAAACUUUUUUUUUUACUUAGGCUACAGUCAUGCUUCGUGUCAAUUUAGGCAGUUGGUAGCCUGUACCAUGUGGUUAUUCCUCACCUCACCACUGCAUAUAACCGGGGAACUCACGAUAUAGUUGUUCACUGGCAGUGGCACCUGUGCGACGGUAAAGAGGAGCUAACUUGCGCUUCUGCAGUUCAAGUAGGCUAUAAUUGGUUGUCCGUACUGUCAAGUUUGGCGGAAAGGACUAUGCUGUAGCAGAACGGAGAGGUGAGGAGAACGCAAACGGGGGAUUACCGGUCAGUCAGCGGUUACCGGAGAGGAUGGUAUACUUUUACUAGUGCAUUCACGGGAAAGGAAAGGAGACACGCCAUGGCUGUGGACGCAGCCUCCAGUUUCAGUUUCUGCCGGCCUGCUGUGGAGUAUAGGGCACUGCCUGAGGACUUCAAGCACCUGAGUCGACAGACGGGAGGGAACCCGACCUGGCAUGACGGGCGUGGUCAGAAAACAGCAGGGGGCCGGACAGUGAAGCUGCUCCAACAGCCUGGGACAGAAAGCUACCAGCAUCGUUCAGGUGACUCCUAUGGAAUCUACCACACCAGCCCCACCCAGUCCAGUCUGAUCCAACCUGUGGUGUUAUGGACUCAGCAGGACGUCUGCCGAUGGUUGAAGAAACACUGUCCUCACAACUACCUGACCUACGUAGAAGCCUUCUCUCAUCACGCCAUCACAGGCCGUGCUCUGUUGCGUCUGAAUGGAGAUAAGUUGGAGAGGAUGGGCUUGGUGCAGGAGUUGCUGAGGCAGGAGCUCCUACAUCAGGUGCUUCAACUGCAGGUGCAAGAGGAGGAACGUCAUUUGCAGCUCCUUAGCAGAGGUGGCUCUUUUGGGAACCUGUCGUAACAUGGAUAUUAUUUUCCUAACUGGGCUGUUUACACUGAACACUGGAAAAAUGUAUUCAACGGUGUGCAUGCAGGGAGACUACUGUAUAAUGGUCAGAAUUCAUAUGAACCACAUGGAAACCAUGAACUUUAAAGAGGACACAUGGGAUGAUCACAUGCAGCAUCAAACUUGGAUGGGACAAUCAAUAGAGCACAGCCCCAAGUUUACAAAUGUGGGUAUCUGUUUUCCAUCAACCAAAUCUGUCUGGACUGAAGUCUAUAAUCAUGAUUAUAGACUCUGUCAGGAUUGGUUGUGUCUUGUAGCCCAUUUGUAUGUUAUUCUAUGUUUUACCCUAACAGUUGCAAGGUUGUGAAUGAUUCCUUUUUGUCUCACUGUUUCUUUAGAAGUAUGCUAUAGAUCCAGUGUCUAAUUGUGAAUACACUCUAAUCUGGAUUUUCAAAUGGGUUUAUUUGAAAAGAUUUUUGUGAGAUGCAUUUUUGGGAAAAGGCUCCUUAUUUCUGACAAAUAAAAUGUAUUUUACAUUGGUUUA